UCACAUCCUCCCAGCGUCCUCUUUUUUAUCGUGUGGUCUGAAUUCCACACGGUGUUGUCUCGUGCUAUAAGAACACGGAGAGAGAUCGAAGAUGUCGGGGGGCCUGGAUGUGCUGCAGCUGAAGGAGGAGGACGUGCUGAAGUUCCUCGCGGCGGGGACGCAUCUGGGAGGCACCAAUGUCGACUUCCAGAUGGAGCACUACGUGUACAAGCGCAAGAGCGACGGUGUGCAUAUCAUCAACCUGAAAAAGACCUGGGAGAAGCUGCUGCUGGCGGCCAGGGCCAUUGUAGCCAUCGAGAACCCUGCAGACGUCUGUGUCAUCUCCUCCAGGAACACAGGACAGAGGGCAGUGCUGAAGUUUGCCUCGGCGUCCGGUGCCACCACCUUCCACGGCCGCUUCACGCCCGGCACCUUCACCAAUCAGAUCCAGGCAGCCUUCCGCGAGCCCCGCCUCCUGAUUGUGACGGACCCGCGCGCUGACCACCAGCCGCUGACGGAGGCCUCCUACGUCAACAUCCCCACCAUUGCCAUGUGCAACACUGACUCUCCGCUCAGAUACGUGGACAUCGCCAUCCCCUGCAACAACAAGGGCCACCACUCUGUGGGUCUGAUGUGGUGGAUGCUGGCCCGGGAGGUGCUGAGGAUGAGGGGCACCAUCUCAAGGGAACACCCCUGGGAGGUCAUGCCUGACCUGUACUUCUACAGAGACCCUGAGGAGAUUGAGAAGGAGGAGCAGGCUGCAGCAGAGAAGGCCGUUGGGAAGGAGGAGUUCCAGGGAGAGUGGACCGCCCCUGCGGCCGAGUUCACCCAACCAGAGGUGGCCGACUGGUCUGAGGGCGUGGCCGUGCCCUCUGUGCCCAUCCAGCAGUUCCCAGCAGUUUCUGCUGCUGCUGCUGCUGCCAAACCUGCUGCUGGAGCCACAGAAGGAUUCUCUGAGGACUGGAGCGCCCAGCCGGCUACUGAGGACUGGUCCGCUGCCCCGACUGCCCAGGCCUCAGAGUGGGGCGGGGCCACUGCGGAGUGGUCUUAGAGGGAGUGGAGUUUCUGUCCCUCUGCAGACAAAUAAAGACUGUUUUUUACAGAA